AUGCAGUCUUCCACCGAUCACCAGGUGAGUGGCGAACCCGAAGAUUCCCACGAGAACGCGUGGGAUACCGCGUCUCUGAAUGUUUUCACGUCUCUGGCCAAGUACAAUGCUGACUACUCCGACAAGGACCAUGAGGAUCGAAUGCUCCACGACCAGCUGCUGGCUGCCCAGCACCACAUGGGCUCGCGAGUUCCUGCUCAGCCCAACCAGCAGCAGCAGCAACUGCAGCCCAACCCCAUGCAGAACCCUGUUGCGUCGCGUGAUGCUUCCAACAUAGAUCCCGCCAUCUCCGGCGGUGUCAUGAUGAGCUCCCCUCACACUCCCCCUACAGCUCCUCAGCAGCAGCCUUCCCCCGAUGAAGGUAACGCUAAGUACCACGGCAAGCGUGAACUGUCAACUUCCAAGCGUGCUGCCCAGAACCGUGCCGCUCAGGCAAGUCGUGCCUUCCGUCAACGCAAGGAAACUUACAUCCGCAAGCUGGAAGAUGAAGUCAAAGGCCUCGAAGAGUGCCGUAAUAAGAUUACCAACCUCUCCAACGAGAACUACCAGCUCCGUGACUACAUCAUCACCCUCCAGUCCCGCCUGAUGGACAUGUCUGCCGAAGUCCCCGAACUCCCGCCCAACAUCGACCUCCACCAGCCCCGCCAGGACUUCGGCAUGGCCUCAGGUCUCCCCAGCGCUGGCCAGCCAGGCACCAUGGUGGCCCCGGCCGCUCCUCAGCAGGGUAACCAGCACUCUGGACCCACCGGCAACUCGAACGACGACAUGACCUCCCUGAACCGGAUUGCCUCCGCCGGCCUGGGCAUGCGCAACAAACCCGAUGAAGCCAAUCCGUUCAUGGCCAAUCAAUUCGCCAACCGCCGUGGUCGAGAUGACGAGUCGACUACGUCUCACGACGGUAUGAACGUGCCUAAGCAGGAGGGCCAUGGUCUCCCGCUUUAA